CCCUGCUGCUAACGUUUAGAUGCUAAAGAGGGAAGGGUGGUCGUCGUGUGUUUUUAUUUAAUUUACCCCGACUAUUGAGCUGUAUACACUAUUUGUUUCUCCACCCCUAGUCGCUAACCUAAAUUGAUGUUGAAUGAAUUCGGCAUGGAGAGAAUAGCGGAGCAGUCGUGGAAUUCUUCAUACACCUAUCAGGUGAGCAAUCAUAGCGCGCAGAUGCUACACAACCUCAACAUUCAGAGGAAAGAUGGAGGCAGGUUUUGCGAUGUGAUCUUGCGCGUUGGCGAAGAGAGCUUCCCUGCCCACAAGGCGGUACUGGCGGCGUGCAGCGAGUACUUCGAGUCCGUUUUUGGUUGUCAAACGGAGGGCGACGGGGAGGCAAAAGAACUUGAGAUGCAUACGAUAAGCCCCAAAGUUUUUAAAGACAUUUUGGACUUUGUCUACACCUCUAGGAUUGUGGUACAAUUGGAAUGUUUCCCCGAGUUGAUGACAGCUGCUAAGUUUCUGUUAAUGCGUUCUGUCAUCGAGAUAUGCCAAGAAGUAAUCAAACAGUCCAAUGUACAAAUCCUUGUACCACCCUCUCGAGGAGGAGACGUCAGUUUGUUCCGUGCCACGGGGGGCUCUGAAUUGGGUUUCAAAUUAGCCGUAGACAACAUGUCAAAUGGGAAUGGCAAUAAUGGGCAAACACAUAAUGUGGACGGAAGUCAUGCCAAUGACACUGUCGUGUCGGAUGGUAGCCCCCAGUCCACUAUGCCAGUCCUGCAGCCCGUGUCUCCAUCAGAGAAGACGGGCAACCCGUUCCAAGAAGAGGGCUCUCCGGGUUCCAAGAGAGGCAGGGGGCGACCAAAGAAGGUGACAGCCAUAGAGCAUAUACAUUACAACCACAACACCUCUGACGUUAAAGAAGACAUUGAGCAGCUAUUUCCUUGUGGAAUAUGUGGCAAAGCAUUUACAGAGGCUGUGCGGUUGAGAAAUCACGAAGCGCAGCAUGGAGCUUCCAGCCAUGGCGCGAGUAUCGGAGGCGGCCCUACCUUGAUAACGCACUCUGGUCAGCCCGGUCUGUUGGAGAAUGGCAUGCCCUUGCAUGGAACAGUAGAUAACAGCCGUAAACGAGAGAGGACGAGACGUCACGUUGGCUGUGACAUUUGUGGAAAGGUGUUCCGGGAUGUAUACCACCUGAACCGACACAAAUUGUCUCAUUCCGGGGAAAAGCCAUAUGCUUGCCAUGUCUGUGGCCUGCGGUUCAAGCGCAAGGACAGGAUGUCAUACCAUGUGCGGUCACACGAUGGAUCUGUGGGCAAACCUUACGUCUGUCAAAGCUGUGGAAAGGGGUUUUCAAGGUGAGCUAUGGACAAUUUAUUAUGGUAGGUCGACAUUACCAGCACUACUUCCAGGGGAAUUCCCUAUUCUAUUCUAAGCAUUCUGUGUUUGAGGGAAAAUAAAGACAAAUUGUCUUCUUACUCAGAAUCAUUUGUGUACUGUCUGCAUCUGUCUCAACAUGCCUAUGUUUGUUUUAUUCAGGCCAGACCAUCUGAAUGGGCACAUCAAGCAGGUUCACACAACAGAGAGACCCCAUAAAUGCCAGGUGAGACAAUAGUAACAACUGGAUUCUCUUAGGAGAGUUGAUGUGGAUGCAAUAUUUGUCACAAUGAAUGAACAAUACACUUCAAAUCUGUCACUGCUUGUUUUAAUGAUUGAGUACGGUUACUCAAUGACAACCCAAACUAAUAUAAUAGUUUGUUUAAAACGUUUACAUGCUUUGCAAGAUGAACGAUUUCUCUAAUAAUCCUGUUUACAUGGACACAUCUGAAAUCAGGCUACCUGAUGGGACUUAAAUAAAUGCAGAAAAUCGGCAAUCAAAGUAAACGUUCUACCAACGUACCAUGUUAUUUUUGAAAAAUGUGUAUGUGAAAACGAUUUCAGUUUUUUAAAACUCACUUCACUAAUGCAUAAGAGGGAGACUACCGGUGCUGGCACAUGCACAGAUCAAGUACACCGCUGGAAUGCUGAUUAAGCUGUUUACAUGUCAGAAAACCAGGUGUUUUUAAUCCGCAUAUGCUUACUUUGAUUUUGACGUUACACCGAUUUUAAAGCUGCAAUAUGUAACUUUAUGGACAACCUGACCAGAUUCACAUAGAAAUAUGUGUUAUAGAUUAUAAGAAGCGCUAUAUUUGUUCUAUGUGUGCUAUUUCUAUGCUCCCCGUUCUUAAAUUUUGUUUUUGCAUGUUUUACUUUCGGGUUUGUACACCAGCUUCAAACAGCUGAAAGUACUAUAUUUUUGGUUUUGGAAAAUAUAUUUCACAGUGGUUUAGAUACUAGAAUGACUCUACAUUAUACUUGCUUGUUUUGUCACAUAAACAAAAAUUAAGCAAACUAUUUGAAUUUUGGCAACCAGGAAAUGGCAGAGGGAUUUUUGCGUAGUGCAUCUUUAAGAUAAGCAGAGUAAAGUGUUUACAUGACUACUGCCAUACUCGGCCUACUGCCAAAGUCAGUUAAAUAUGGAAUUAUUAGUGUGCAUGUUAACAUACUCAUUCUUGUUGAUUAGAAUAUGGUUGAUGGUAAAUGAAUACUGUUUCUGUACGUAACAUGUAUGAGGGCAUGUUCUUUACCUGUAUUUUCCUCCUCUUCAGAUUUGUAAUGCCUCCUUUGCUACAAGAGAUCGCCUGCGGUCCCACCUGGCUUGCCACGAGGACAAGAUCCCGUGCCAGGUAUGUGGGAAGUACCUCCGGGCUGCGUACAUGACCGACCACCUCAAGAAACACAGUGAAGGACCUCACAACUACUGUAGCAUAUGCAACAAAGGUAACCUCAGGCCUAGUGUGCAGCAUCAUCUCCUCAUACCUGUCAGGCUUCCAUUCUAUGACUGUGUCUUCUUGUUUCUUAGAUUUGUAUGUGUUUUCUUGUUAGCCUGCCUCUCUUCCAGCAUGGUAUUUCCAUCUUGCCACAAGCAACAAGGAUGAUCUACCAAUAUUUUUACUAUUCAAAUCUAAUACUGUAGUAACUACCUCAGCUGGUGCAAAGAAUUUGGGUUGCUUUCUACAUAAAAGCUUGUGACCUGCAAUCACGGGCUAUCUGCAGUUCAUAGUUGUAGUGUCUGCAUGGGUUGUCCACUGUUUUUCAAGUUGGUUUUGCAGCAAGGAGCACACGAGACGUAAACACAUAUAACAGACCCACAUGAAUCACAAUGAUACUAAGUAUAAAGGUAGUACAUACAGUGGGGUCUGAAAUAAUUUACACCCUUGGUAAAGAUAAACAAAAAUGACUGUAUGAAAUAUAUAAUUCAAAUACUGAGCUAUAUUGUAUGCUCCAAAAAUUUGGGAAAUUAUAUUAUUUUAUACUAAAACAAUUGCUCAGAGAAAGAGAUUUUGUUUAACAAGUAAUGUUUUUUUCUCAAAAAGGUAGGGGUAAAAAUGGACACCCCUGUUUUCAAUACCUCACCUUGCAAGGAUAACGGCACUGAGCAUUUUUCUAAAAUGUUUUAUGAGUUGUAGAACAUAUUGGGAGGGAUCUUAGACCAUUCCUCCAUACAUAAUUCUUCCAGAUCCCUGAUAUCCUUAGUCUGCACUUAUGGACUGCCCUCUUCAAUUCAAACCACAGGUUUUCAAUGGGUUUCACAUCCAUAGACUGUGAUGACCAUUGUAAAAUGCAUAUUUUGAUGUGUGCUUGGGGUUAUGGUCUUGCUGGAAGAUCCACUUGUGGCCAAGUUUCAGCCUCCUGGCAGACAACCAGGUUUUUGGCAAAAAUGUCCUGGUACUGGGUAAAGUUCAUGAUGCCGUUGACCUUAACAAGGGCCCCAGGACCAGUGGAAGCAAAAUAUCCCCCUAACAUGAAAGAUACACCACCAUAUUUUACAGUAGGUAUUGGGUUCUCUGAGAAAAAAAAGUAUUACUUGUUAAACAAAAUCUCUAUCUAUGUAAUUGUAUAAGUAUAAAAUAAUUUCCCAAUUUUUUGGAGCAUACAAAAUAGCUCAGUAUUUGACUAUAUAAAAUAAAUAAUUAAUUCUUCCUCAUCUUUAUCAAGGGUGUCAAUAAUCUCGGACCCCACUUUACAAUGCUCGUGCAUCAGUUAUUGGUUGGCAGCCACCAUGGUUGCUUCUUGUUUGUUGUUGUCCUCUCUGAACAUUCUCUUGCUGCCAUUCCAAUUUACUCUCUUGUACAGGCAGUAUGUUAAUGCAACACAGGUCUCAUUAAUGUAGUAAAGUAAUUGAUGGUUAAUGAUUUGUCCAAAAUGGUGGUGUCAGCUGCUCCUAGCAGAUAGUGCUAUUGUUUUAUUUGAGAAAGGCUUGAUUUCAUAUGUUAAGGUUUCAAGACUUGUUUGUCUUACCUGAUUGUGUGUACUACUGUAGAUUAUUUCUGCCCCCCCCCCCCCCCCCGUGCAGUUUGUCUGUAUUGGGUUGACUUGCUUCUUUUGUCUUGAUUUACCUGGCUAGACAUGGUGUCAUUCUUGUGGUAGGCCUAAUAGCUUAGAUAAUAGAGAACAGGGGUUGCACAUUGUUGACUCUUGCUUGAGGUUACCCUUCCUUUUGUAGGUUCACAUUCUUCCUUGCCUUUUGAAGUUAGAUGCACUUCAUAUUUAUUUUUGAGGGGUUGUUACAACAUCCAAAAGCUCAGCUCAGUUCAACAAAAUCAUAUUAUUAUCCCUGGUACCAGCUCUUAUGCUUGUCUGCAUGAAAAUAUAAAACAGUUUCACGAAAGGUGGAUGUGGGAACAAUUUUUGUUGUUGUUGUCCCACAGUCAUCUUUGGGUACAUAACAACAGGGGGCAUCCAUUCUCUCCCUGCUGGAUGUGUAGUGCCACUGCCCUUUUGUUCUGUGUUCUUCUCCUGGUUUCCAGGUUUCUCCACUGCAUCCUACCUUAAGGUGCACGUAAAAACGCACCACGGCUCACCAUUACUCCCCUCUACCGCCCCAGCACACGGUGCCUUCCCUGAGCUGCAGAACCAUGGCGGCACCCCCUACCACACGGGACGCCAGUGCGCAGUGGAAGGCAAGCAGCCGCCCACCCCGCUCCGCUCCACCCUGCCCCCUAGCAUAUGUCUCUUUAUUGCUUUGUAUUGAUCAUAAUCUGCUCUGCUGCUGCUUGUGGGGAAAACAUGCUGCAUCUGUCUUUAGAGCAAAAACACAAGCAUACACAAACACAUGCACACAUAAAAUAUAUAGGCAUUCCUGCCUAUGCCUGUGCAGUAAUGCUAACGCCAAAGGAUCCAUCUGCUCUCUGUGCCUCCAUCAGCUAACGGUAGGGACACUGUCUUCAGAAGAAGUGCCAUACAUACAAGCUGGCUGAUCUGGCUGUCCUGGCUGAAAUGAUGUAUAGGGUGGUUCUGUAUUAAUUAAAUCACUUUCUGACUGCACCCCUUUUGAUUUGAACGAAACCUUCAUAACAUGUUUGCCCAUGAUAGAGGUGGUUAGAAAGUGACUUUUCGGACCUGAAUGCCGAAACAUUCCGGAGAUCGAGGUGUUCAUAGUUGACCCAUUUUGCAUACCCACCCUACCAUGAGACAUCCAUGUCUCCGUCACUGAAAAAAGAUAAACGGUUGAGUUUGAUAUCAUUUGAAAGUGUACAAACAGGGUUGUUAAACUAUUUGUGCAAUCUUUUUACCUUUUAAUGUAAAUUAUCUCAAAAACGCGUAAACAUAUGUUGUAGCUUAGACUAGAGGUCUUCUUGGGUCCAAAAAGUUGGACCCGGACCUGAGAACAAUCAGACCCGAACGGACCUAAUAACAACCAGACCUAGACUCUACCCGUACCCUAACGGAUUCGGAUUUAGACCCGAUUGGACCCAAGUGACAAAAGUUUGUUUGUCAGCCAAGUUGCUCUUCUGGUUAACUAAUAGGUCUUUAUAUGUUGGCUAGGCCUUCUAUAAGUUAAUAAAUUCACCUUUAUUAGUGUAAAAUAAAUAUGCUAUAGCAGGGAUGGGCAACGUUGAUGGUGGAGGGGACCCCCCAAAAAAUCAGCAAACAUCAUGAGGGGCCACAGUGGCUCGCAGGUCUGCUACCCACAUCCAUACCCACACAGAGCCGGCCCUAGCCUCUUGACAGCGUAGAGAAAAUGUUAGAGUUAAUUUCCUGCAAUUCUACAAUUUCCAUGGGGUGUAGAGAAAAUAUUGUAGUUUUAAAGCAAAUUUGCUGUAAUUCUACACAUUUUACCAUGAGGCAGAGAGAAGAUUUAGCAAUUCUAUAUCUCAUUUCCUGCAAUUCUACUCAUUUUGCCAUGGGGUGGAGAGAAAUGUUUGCAGUUUUUAAUAUGAUAUCUGAGUGACUAACAAAAUCAAUGGGUGUCCCCCGGUUGGUAAUUUGACCAUGAUUACUACAUUUUUAGAUAGCCUAUCCAACUAACUUGCUAAUCUAAAGAAUGUUUGCUGACAUGGGCUAAUUGAGUGACUGCUGAUGCACAACCAAAUUUUGUAAUUGCACCUUGUGUAUUCUAAUAUUCUGACUCUCAACAGUAAUAUAUAUAUAUAUAUACACACAGUACCAGUCAAAGGUUUGGACACACCUACACAUUCAAGGGUUUUUCUUUAUUUUUUACUAUUUUCUACAUUGUAGAAUAAUAGUGAAGACAUCAAAACUAUGAAAUAACACAUGGAAUCAUGUAGUAACCAAAAAAGUGUUAAACAAAUAAAAAUAUGUUAUAUUUGAGAUUCUUCAAAUAGCCACCCUUUGCCUUGAUGACAGCUUUGCACACUCUUGGCAUUCUCUCAACCAGCUUCUCCUGGAAUGCUUUUUCAACAGUCUUGAAGGAGUUCCCACAUAUGCUGAGCACUUGUUGGCUGCUUUUCCUUCACUCUGUGGUCCAAUUCAUCCCAAACCAUCUCAAUUGGGUUGAGGUCGGGUGAUUGUGGAGGCCAGGUCAUCUGAUGCAGCACUCCGUCACUCUCCUUCUUGGUCAAAUAGCCCUUACACAGCCUGGAGGUGUGUUUUGGGUCAUUGUCCUGUUGAAAAACAAAUUAUAGUCCCACUAAGCGCAAACCAGAUGGGAUGGCGUAUCGCUGCAGAAUGCUGUGGUAGCGAUGCUGGUUAAGUGUGCUGUAAAAUUCUAACAAAAUCACAGACCGUGUCACCAGCAAAGCACCAUCACACCUCCUCCUCAAUGCUUCCCGGUGGGAACCACACAUGCGGAGAUCAUCCGUUCACCUACUCUGCGUCUCACAAAGACGGCGAUUGGAACCCAAAAUCUCAAAUUUGGACUCAUCAGACCAAAGGACAGAUUUCCACCGGUCUAAUGUCCAUUGCUCGUGUUUCUUGGCCCAAGCAAGUCUCUUCUUCCUAUUGGUGUCCUUUAGUAGUGGUUUCUUUGCAGCAAUUCGACCAUGAAGGCCUGAUUCACACAGUCUCCUUUGAACAGUUGAUGUUGAGAUGUGUGUGCAUUUAUUUGGGCUGCAAUCUGAGGUGCAGUUAACUCUAAUGAACUUAUCCUCUGCAGCAGAGGUAACUCUGGGUCUUCAUUUCCUGUGGCGGUCCUCAUGAGAGCCAGUUUCAUCAUAGCGCUUGAUGGAUUUUGCGACUGCACUUGAAGAAACUUUCAAAGUUCUUGACAUUUUCCGUAUUGACUGACCUUCAUGUCUUAACGUAAUGAUGAACUGUCGUUUCUCUUUGCUUAUUUGAGCUGUUCUUGUUAUAAUAUGGGCUUGGUCUUUUACCAAAUAGGGCUAUCUUCUGUAUACCACCCCUACCUUGUCACAACACAACUGUUUGGCUCAAACGCAUUAAGAAGGAAAGAAAUUCCACAAAUGUACUUUUAACAAGACACACCUGUUAAUUGAAAUGCAGUCCAGGUGACUACCUCAUGAAGCUGGUUGAGAGAAUGCCAAAAGUGUGCAAUGCUGUCAUCAAGGCAAAGGGUGGCUACUUUAAAGAAUCUCAAAUAUAAAAUAUAAAUAACACUUUCACGUUUUUUGUUGUUGUUGUGGAAAUUGAACCACGGGCCUACAAAAGUUGCCAAUCCCUGUGCUAUAGGCUAUGCAGAGCCGUGGUCAGGUCCACUCUGGUCUAUCACCUGUAGUUAUAUAGACCCGAUGACAAUGAAACAGGACCCAACCCGGACCCGAGGGAAACGUUAGUAUUUUGGACCUGGACCUACUCAGGUCUCGGGUAUUCGGUUCAGGUUGACCCGUGAAGACCUUAGACCCUAUUUUACAUCAUCUGAGGUGUUUGUUGUGCCCGUCAUUGGUUGAGACACUGCAUACUUUUGAAUACAGGGUGGGCUUCAUUUCAAUCAUAGUAGAGUUCAUAGAAUGGACUUAUCCCUUCAGACCACUGCAAUUUAGCUGGUACACCAUUGAAACAUUAGCUUCCAAUUACUACAGAAAGAUGGCGGCCGGUCCACCCACUAUCAAAUGCCAAGUUGAAUGUCUAUUCUAUUAUGCAUAUUUCUAUGAGUUCAAUAGGUUUCCUAUGGUAUUGACAGUUUUUAAUUUAAAACAGUGUAUAUUCCCACUCAAUACAACAUUUACUGAUUUCCAUCUUUGUGGUUCAAUUUGAGAAAGUUGAAAUGUCAAUUGUAUUCACAUUUUAGUACAUUUAUCUGCCAAAAAAUGACACCCAGCCUGUAUUCUAGAGUAUGCUGUCUCAAACGAUGGUGGGCACAACAAACACCUCAGACGAUUUAAAAUGGGGUGCUCUUCUGUAUGGCUUUAUUGAGAAGAGAGGAGGAGGAAAGUGAGAAGAAGUUGAAUGGGGAACUUCACGUUUUGCUUUUUACUAAACAUAUAGAUCAUGUGAAUUAAUCUUUUAAUAAGGAUAACUUUUACUCAAUAGGUUAGAAUCUUUAUAGGCCUUGAAAUAAAAAGAUUACUUAAUCAAGAUGAAAUAAAAAAUGUAAUUGCAGCCUUUGGCAUCUUUUUUAAUGGGGCACUGCCCCCCAGUGGUAAAUUUUGGGACACUGCAGGUUGUCAGGGACUCAGCUCAUCAAUAGCUACAACAAAGAAGUGGAUGUAUGCCACCCCAUUUUCCAAAUCAAGGCUCAGACACACAGAGACUGUUAAGCUUAAUAGCCUUAGUGCUACACCCAUCUGUCUCUGUUCAGCAUGGCAAUGUGAACGCUGUCUGAAAACGCUGUUUGUUGCUUGCUGUCAUCUCCAUCGCCUUGUGGCCAUUGGCUAAACGAUGCACUAAUGUUGUUGCAUGUCUAUUGGGUCAUACAGUAUUGUGCAAUGUUCGUCUGGAUUCACUGGAGCUUUUUUCAACUAUAUUAUUGCCAUGGCAACCAGCAGCAGCCUAUGGAUUUGGCUGUACAGUAUGUCAGACUCUGGCAGAGAGAGAGAGCCAAAGCAGUGUAGAGAGAGAAGUUUAGAUUCUGGGCAAAAAUCAGUUUUCUGGUUGUAGAAAUGGGGUUCCUAGUGAUCACCUAUCUCCAAUCUAAAAUCGUUGAAAUGUAGCGGAAUGCCAGAAUUCAAAAUCAAUUGACCAGCUGCUUUUAUUUAGAAUAAAGAACUGUAGAAUGUCACUGCCUUGGAUGUGCCAUUGUAGUGUGAUUCUGAUCAUAACAGAUUUCAUAGCAUCUUCAUUCAGCACCAUUGGUCAACUGUUUUGGCCUGAUUGGCAUGAGAUGAGGGGCCUGUGCUGCAGACAGAACCAUGUUCGAGGCUCAAGGGUUGAGUAGUAGUGUUAAAGUGAGCUGGAGGAGCUGAUAAGAGCUGAUAAAAAAAAAAAAAUUGUAUAAAGGAAAUAGAAAGGAAUAGCAUAAAGAAUAGCUGUAGACUUCAUAAAGGAAAAAGUUAUUUUACAGAGAAGAAAUACCAUUGCAAACAUUCAAUUCUCUAGAACAGACUAGCAGUCUGCUGGCUUGGCAAGUAAUACAGGAAAAAGUUUCAUUCACUGGACAAAGUAAAGCUACUAAGUGAAAGACCUAGUAAGGUCUGAAUAAUAUUCGGACUACAUUGACUGUAUGGUUUCCGCUGGCCUUGUCUGUUGUCUUUGCUGUCCCCACUCUACUCUCUGUCGGUGGCUUGGUGUUUGUCUGUCGUUGGUGUAGACCUGUGCACCAGUCGCCGGCUGCUGGUCACCUUCCAAGAGGCAGAGGGUCACUGCUUUCUCCCCCAGCCCGGCCCUCCCUUCCUGGGCCUGCAGCCCGAGCUGCUCCUGGGGAAACCAGGGCCUGGGGGGGCUCCGUAUUUCUGGGAAUGCUCUGCCGGCCUGCCUGGGUUCCACCCCCUCCACAGGCCUCUGCCAGGUCAGUACGGGCUAGCCGGAGGGUGGGGUCUGGGCCGGGCCUGGGCGCUAACUAGGCCCACUGAUUGGACGGGUAACAAGGGUUCCACUGUAAAGGGUUGGUUGGAUGAGGAGAUUCCAACCUCUAUGGGUGCAUGUGUAUAAAGAGUAAAGGACAUUUGAUUGACUGGAUGCAUGAGCAAAAGGUUUCCUGGAAAUAAGCCGCUAGAAGUUUGCGGAUGUGGAGACAUGAGAUGUCGCAGGAGUAGUUCCGAUGUGGUUUUGGUAUCGUGAUAAAAACAUGACAUCUGUAUCAGCCGAUACAAUGGCCUAUUUCAGGGAUGGGCAACUGGCGGCCCCCCUUUUGUAGGCCUUUUUUUUAGGAACUCACUUGGGGUCUCAACUUACUGUUGAGAGUUAAAAUAGUAGAAUAGCAGUUUCUCUUGUUAUGUCAGUCACUGACAGUCACUUAAUUAACCCAUGUCAGCAAUUGUUGGAUUGGUAAGUUAGUCUAGCCAGCGAUCUAAACUUGAAGUAAUCAUGGUCGAAUUACCGACCGGGGAGGCCCCAUUAAUUUUGUUAGUCACUCAGUCAGAUGUCAUUAAAAAAUGCAAACAUUUAACUCCACCCUAUGGCAAAAUGUGUAGAACUGCAGGAAAUUCGCUGUAAAACUGCUCAUUUAUUUAUCUGCCCCAUGGCAAAAUGAGUAGAAUUACAUGAAAUGUGUUACAAAACUGAAGCAUUUUCUCUACGCCCCAUGGCAAAAUGUGUAGAAUUGCAGAAAAUAAACUCUAAAAUAUAAUUGGUUUCUCUCCGCUGUCAAGAGGGGGAGCUGCUAAAAUGUUUUGCUCGCAAGGUGGGGGGAGGGAACAAAAUGUCACUUAGGGCCCCCAAAAGGCUCUGACUGCAUGUGUGGGUAUGGAUGUGGGUACGCAGCCACUGCUGCCCCCUCAUGAUGAGUUCAGAUGUUUUGUGGGCCCCCACCUACAUCAAAUUUGUCCAAACCUGGCCUAUUUCAUGUCAGAUAUUCUGGGCUGAUAUUGUACAGUGUUCAAUCAGAGCUAAACUAAUCUGCCAUGGCAUGCUAUCAAUAAACACAAAAAGCUGUUGUGUAGAAUUGCGUUUUUUGCCCGAAACUCACAAAGAAGAAACAGACUUUGCUCUCAAUGAAAAGCAUAUUAUCUAUUGGGUAAAUGAAUGAAGCUGCGGAAUGUCUGCUUACCGCAUAAUCUGAACAAACGUGCCCUCUGUUCCUAUAAGUAUAUUAUUCGCUAAUGUUCAGUCCCUGGACAAUAAAGUAGACGAGCUCAGGGCGAAGAUCUCCUUCCAGAGAGACAUCCGGGACUGUAACAUACUCUGUUUUACGGAAUAAUGUCUCUCUCCGAAUAUAUUGUUCCCGUCCGUUCAGCCAGCGGGGUUCUCCGUCCAUCGCGCGGACAGGAAGGAAGAACUCUCCGGGAAAAGAAAAGGCGGAGGGGUUUGUUUCAUGAUUAACAAUUCAUGGUGUGAAUGUGGUGACGUACAGGAACUCAAGUCCUUUUGUUCUCCCGAUCUGGAAUACUUCACCAUCAAAUGGUGACCACAUUUCCUCUCAAGAAAAUGUUCUUCAGUCAUCGUCACUGAAGUGUAUAUUCCACCCCAAGCCGACACCGCGACGGCUCUCAAGGAACUACACUGGACUAUGUGCAAGCUGGAAACCGCAUAUCCUAAGGCUGCAUUUAUUGUAGCUGGGGACUUAAAUAAAGGAAAUCUGGGGAAAACGCUACCGAAAUUCUAUCAACACAUCUCCUGUGCUAGACACGCAACACGGACCCUGGAUCAUUGCUACUCUUCCUUCCGGGACGGCUAGAAGGCCCUUCCCCACCCUCCCUUCGGCAAAUCAGAUCACGCCUCCAUUCUGCUCCUCCCAACCUAUAGGCAGAAACUUAAACAGGAAGCUCCCAUGAUAAGGACUGUUCAACGUUGGUCUGACCAAUCGGAAUCUAUGCUUCAAGAUUGUUUUGAUCACGCUGACUGGGAAAUAUUCUGGGUCGCCUCUGAAAAUAGUAUUGACGUAUACACUGACUCUGUGACUGGGUUCAUCAGGAAGUGCAUAGAGGAUGUUUUUCCCACUGUGACGAUUUAGAACUUAUCCACACCAAAAACCGUGGAUAGAUGGCAGCAUUCACGCAAAACUGAAAGCCCAAACCACCACAUUUAACCAUGGUAAGAUGUCUGGGAACAUAGACGUGUACAAACAGACCAGCUACGACCUCAGUAAGGCAAUCAGAGGCAAAACUACAGUACAGGGACAAAGUGGAGUCUCAAUUGUAGAAUAAUAGUGAAGACAUCAAAACUAUGAAAUAACACAUAUGGAAUCAUGUACAGUGGUUUGCCAAAGUAUUCACCCCCCCUUGGCAUUUUUUCUAUUUUGUUGCCGUACAACCUGGAAUUAAAAUGGAUUUCUUGGGGGUUUGUAUCAUUUGAUUUACACAACAUGCCUACCACUUUGAAGAUGCAAAAUACUUUUUUUGUGAAACAAACAAGAAAUAAGACAAAAAAACUGAACUUGAGCGUGCAAAACUAUUCACCCCCCCCCCCCCCCCCCCCCCCCCAAAGUCAAUACUUUGUAGAGCCAGCUAUUGCAGCAAUUACAGCUGCAAGUCUCUUGUGGUAUGUCUCUUUAAGCUUGGCACAUCUAGCCACUGGGAUUUUUGCCCAUUCUUAAAGGCAAAACUGCUCCAGCUCCUUCAAGUUGGAUGGGUUCCGCUGGUGUACAGCAAUCUUUAAGUCAUAGAUUCUCAAUUGGAUUGAGGUCUGGGCUUUGACUAGGCCAUUCCAAGACAUUUAAAUGUUUCCCCUUAAACCACUUGAGUGUUGCUUUAGCAGUAUGCUUAGGGUCAUUGUCCUGCUGGAAGGUGAACCUCCGUCCCAGUCUCAAAUCUCUGGAAGACUGAAACCGGUUUCCCUCAAGAAUUUCCCUGUAUUUAGCGCCAUCCAUCAUUCCUUCAAUUCUGACCAGUUUCCCAGUCCCUGCCAAUAAAAAACAUUGGGAUGGUGUUCUCGUAGUGAUGAGAGGUGUUGGGUUUGCGCCAGACAUAGCGUUUUCCUUGAUGGCCAAAAAGCUAAAUUUGAGUCUCAUCUGACCAGAGUACCUUCUUCCAUAUGUUUGGGGAGUCUCCCACAUGCCUUUUUGCGAACACCAAAUGUGUUUGCUUAUUUUAUUCUUUAAGCAAUUGCUUUUUUCUGGCCAUGCUUCCGUAAAGCCCAGCUCUAUGGAGUGUACGGCUUAAAGUGGUCCUAUGGACAGAUACUCCAAUCUCCGCGGUGGUGCUUUGCAGCUCCUUCAGGGUUAUCUUUGGUGUCUUUGUUGCCUCUCUGAUUAAUGCCCUCCUUGCCUGGUCCGUUAGUUUUGGUGGGCGGCCCUCUCUUGGCAGGUUUGUUGUGGUGCCAUAUUCUUUCAAUUUUUUAAAUAAUGGAUUUAAUGGUGCUCCGUGAGCUGUUCAAAGUUUCUGUUAUUUUUUUAUAACCCAACCCUGAUCUGUACUUCUCCACAACUUUAUCCCUGACCUGUUUGGAGAGAUCCUUGGUCUUCAUGGUGCCGCUUGCUUGGUGGUGCCCCUUGCUUAGUGGUGUUGCAGACUCUGGGGCCUUUCAGAACAGGUGUAUAUAUACCGAGAUCAUGUGACAGAUCAUCUGACACUUAGAUUGCACACAGGUGGACUUUAUUUAACUAAUUAUGUGACUUCUGAAGGAAAUUGGUUGCACCAGAUCUUAUUUAGGGGCUUCAUAGCAAAGGGGGUGAAUACAUAUGCACGCACCACUUUUUGGUUAUUUUUAAUUUUUUAAUUUCUUGAAAUAAGUUAUUUUUUUCACUUCACCAAUUUGGACUAUUUUGUGUACAGGUUGUAAUGCAACAAAAUAGGAAAAACACGAAGGGGGAUGAAUACUUUUGCAAGGCACUGUAGUAACCAAAAAUGUGUUAAACAAAUCAAAAUAUAUUUUAUAUUUGAGAUUCUUCAAAUAGCCACCCUUUGCCUUGAUGACAGCUUUGCACACUCUUGGCAAACUCUCAACCAGCUUCACCUGGAAUGCUUUUCCUACAUAUGCUGAGCACUUGUUGGCUGCUUUUCCUUCACUCUGCCGUCCGACUCAUCCCAAACCAUCUCAAUUGGGUUGAGGUUGGGGGAUUGUGGAGGCCAGGUCAUCUGAUGCAGCACUCCAUCACUCUCCUUAUUGGUAAAAUAGCCCUUACACAGCCUGGAGGUGUGUUGGGUCAUUGUCCUGUUGAAAACAAAUGAUAGUCCCACUAAGCGCAAACCAGUUGGGAUGGCGUAUCGCUGCAGAAUGCUGUGGUAGCCACGCUGGUUAAGUGUGCCUUGAAUUAUAAAUAAAUCACGGACAGUGUCACCAGCAAAGCACCCCCACACCAAACACCUCCUCCUCCAUGCUUUACGGUGGGAACUACACAUGUGGAGACUACACAUCUGUUCACCCACACUGCGUCUCACAAAGACAUGGCGGUUGGAACCAAAAAUCUCCAAUUUGUACUCUAGACUAUUGUCCGUUGCUCGUGUUUCUUGGCCCAAGCAGGUCUCCUCUUGUUAUUGGUGACGAACUAAAGACCUUCUUCACCCGCUUCGAGUAAAACAAAAUUGAGACGCGGGCCCCCAAUGCUCACGAGAACUGUGUGCUCUCGUUCUCUGUGGCCGAUGUAAGUAUUUUAAGCGUGUUAAAGUUGCAAUAUGCAGAAAUCACUCCGCCAUUUCCUGGUUGCUAAAAUUCUGCGUAGUGUAGAGAAUCAUUGUACCAUCUAAACCACUGUGACACAUAUAUUUUCAAUAACCACAAAUAAUGUAUUUUCAGCCAUUUGAAGCUGGUGUACAAAACUGAAAGUAAAAGACGCAACAAUGAAACUUAAGAACGGGAAGCAUAGAAAUAGCGCACAUAGAACAGAUCUACCGCUUCUUAGACUCUCCAGACCAUCAGACUGUUAAACAGUCGCCACUAGUACCCUGCCCUGAGCCUUAGUCACUGUUCUAGCCGGCUACCACCCGGUACUCAGCCCUGCACCUUAGAGACUGCUGCCCUAUAUACAGUGGGGAGAACAAGUAUUUGAUACACUGCCGAUUUUGCAGGUUUUCCUACUUACAAAGCAUAUAGAGGUCUGUAAUUUUUAUCAUAGGUACACUUCAACUGUGAGAGACGGAAUCUAAAACAAAAAUCCAGAAAAUCACAUUGUAUGAUUUUUAAGUAAUUAAUUUGCAUUUUAUUGCAUGACAUAAGUAUUUGAUCACCUACCAACCAGUAAGAAUUCCGGCUCUCACAGACCUGUUAGUUUUUCUUUAAGAAGCCCUCCUGUUCUCCACUCAUUACCUGUAUUAACUGCACCUGUUUGAACUUGUUACCUGUAUAAAAGACACCUGUCCAAACACUCAAUCAAACAGACUCCAACCUCUCCACAAUGGUCAAGACCAGAGAGCUGUGUAAGGACAUCAGGGAUAAAACUGUAGACCUGCACAAGGCUGGGAUGGGCUACAGGACAAUAGGCAAGCAGCUUGGUGAGAAGGCAACAACUGUUGGCGCAAUUAUUAGAAAAUGGAAGAAGUUCAAGAUGACGGUCAAUCACCCUCGGUCUGGGGCUCCAUGCAAGAUCUCACCUCGUGGGGCAUCAAUGAUCAGGAGGAAGGUGAGGGAUCAGCCCAGAACUACAUGGCAGGACCUGGUCAAUGACCUGAAGAGAGCUGGGACCACAGUCUCAAAGAAAACCAUUAGUAACACACUACACCGUCAUGGAUUAAAAUCCUGCAGCGCACGCAAGUCCCCCUGCGCAUGUCCAGGCCCAUCUGAAGUUUGCCAAUGACCAUCUGGAUGAUCCAGAGGAGGAAUGGGAGAAGGUCAUGUGGUCUGAUGAGACAAAAAUAGAGCUUUUUGGUCUAAACUCCACUCGCCGUGUUUGAAGGAAGAAGAAGGAUGAGUACAACCCCAAGAACACCAUCCCAACCAUGAAGCAUGGAGGUGGAAACAUCAUUCUUUGGGGAUGCUUUUCUGCAAAGGGGACAGGACGACUGCACCGUAUUGAGGGGAGGAUGGAUGGGGCCAUGUAUCGCGAGAUCUUGGCCAACAACCUCCUUCCCUCAGUAAGAGCAUUGAAGAUGGGUCGUGGCUGGGUCUUCCAGCAUGACAACGACCCGAAACACACAGCCAGGGAAACUCAGGAGUGGCUCCGUAAGAAGCAUCUCAAGGUCCUGGAGUGGCCUAGUCAGUCUCCAGACCUGAACCCAAUAGAAAAUCUUUGGAGGGAGCUGAUAGUCUGUAUUGCCCAGCGACAGCCCUGAAACCUGAAGGAUCUGGAGAAGGUCUGUAUAGAGGAGUGGGCCAAAAUCCCUGCUGCAGUGUGUGCAAACCUGGUCAAGACCUACAGGAAACGUAUGAUCUCUGUAAUUGCAAACAAAGGUUUCUGUACCAAAUAUUAAGUUCUGCUUUUCUGAUGUAUCAAAUAAUUAUGUCAUGCAAUAAAAUGCAAAUUAAUUACUUAAAAAUCAUACAAUGUGAUUUUCUGGAUUUUUGUUUUAGAUUCCGUCUCUCACAGUUGAAGUGUACCUAUGAUAAAAAUUACAGACCUCUACAUGCUUUGUAAGUAGGAAAACCUGCAAAAUCGGCUGUGUAUCAAAUACUUGUUCUCCCCACUGUACAUAGUCAUUGAACACUGGUCACUUAAAUAAUGUUUACAUACUGUUUCAUCCACUUUAUAUGUCUUUACUGUGUUCUAGUCAUGGCUCAUCCUACAUAACUAGUUUUUUUGUAUUUAUCUGGAUUAUGUGUAUAUUUAUUUUAUUAUUAUUGCUAGGUAUUACUGCACUGUUGGAGCUAGAAACACAAGCAUUUUGCUGCAACGGCGGUAACAGGUAGCUUAGUGGUUAAGAGCAUUGUGCCAGUAACCGAAAGGUCGCUGGUUCUAAUCCCCGAGCCGACUAGGUGAAAAAACUGUCGAUGUGCCCUUGAGCAAGGCACUUAACCCUAAUUGCUCCUGUAAGUCGCUCUGGAUAAGAGCGUCUGCUAAAUGACUAAAAUUUAAAUGUAAAAUGUAAAAUCUACAAAUCUGUGUAGGCGACCAAUAAACUUUGAUUUCAUAUGAAUUACCAACAUAUCUUCUAAGAAUUGCAGUACAAUUCUACUUAAAAACAAUAUUAUAUGAAUUGUUUUGUCAGGGGAGUAGAUGGUUAGUACACAUAGCAUUAAACUGUCCUGUUCGUGUUGCAGGUGGUGUUGGUGGUGGAGAGCAGUGCUGCCUGGUGGUCUAAAUAGACAGAUUUUGUGUUGUGUGCGCAUGGCCUAAUUUUCCCGUUUUUCUUUUCUCUCCCCUUAUCCUUCCCCUGUGUCCUUCCCCUCUCCCCAACCCCCACCAUCUCUCCCACGCCACCAUCUCUCCCUUUCCUCCCAACUUCCCCCUCCCCCAACCCCCUUUGUCUUUACCUCAGACGGGCAAGAGAAUGCUGGGAAAUGCCCCCAUCAGGGAGAAUCUGAGGGAGACGAGCCGUCGUUCAGGGAGCUGUCCAAUGGCGACGAGAUGAAAUCCCUGCACAAGUCCGAGGGGGAGGACCUUGGGUCUCUGACGCCAUUCGCCUGCAAUGGAGCCUCUGCCGGUACUGGGGCCGUGCAGGGGUCGCCACCAGGUGGCGCUAAAGCCAAGACCAGCCAGGACUCGCCAGAGAAAAAGUUCCCCUGCAGCGAGUGCAACCAGACCUUCCGCACCAAAUCCUACCUCAACAAGCACGUCAACAGAGUGCAUCAUCAUGGGGUCCAGAAGAGUCUGGUGGUGGGUGCAGGGUCGGGGUCAGGUCUGGGGGAGCUGGGUCCUUCCCUGGGCUCGCCCUUCUCCCCUCAACAGAACAUGUCUCUACUGGAGUCGUUUGGCUUCCAGAUCGUCCAGUCAGCCUUUGCCUCGUCGCUGGUGGACUCUGAAGCAGGACAUAGUGGGAUGGAGCUGGGGGGGAAGUGA